CAGUCACCGGGCGGGUACGGAUCCGACUAACGGAAAGAAACCAAAAUGAGCACGGGAAAGAUCAUCUUCUAUGAGGGCAGGAACUUCACUGGGCGUUCCUGGGAGUGCAGCGGCGACUGCCCCAACAUGUCCUCCUACCUGAACCGCUGUUACUCCUGCCGGGUGGAGAGCGGCUUCUGGAUGGUGUACGAUCGGCCCAACUUCAUGGGCAACCAGUAUUUCCUCAAGAAGGGCGAGUACAACGACUACAUCGGCACAUGGGGAAUGAACGGCUGGAUACGCUCCUGCCGCUGGAUCCCCAUGCACAGUGGUCCCCACAAAAUGAGGCUCUACCCGAGGGAGAACUUCAUGGGUCAGAUGAUGGAGAUGUCUGAUGACUGCGACUCCUUCAUGGAUCGUUAUAACUGGUCUCACGGCUGCAUGUCGUGCCACGUGAUGGAUGGCCACUGGCUCAUGUACGAGUUCCCUCACUACAAAGGCAGGAUGUGGUACUUCGGUCCCGGACAGUACCGGAGCUACAGGCACAUGAUGGGAAUGAGUGGCAUGAGGUUCCAGAGCAUGAGGCGCAUCCUGGACUCCUGGUAUAUCUGAAGCGAUGUCAUGGUUAAGCUAGUGAGUUUUAAAUAAAGCAAAGAAAACACA